CCAACUGGAUAAUAAUUGAAAUAAGAAUGAGAACUUGAUCCAUCAAGUGCACACGAGACGACAACACAGAUUCACAGAUAGGUAAGGGUGUGGCCAAAACAUGUCGUUGUGGUGCUCCCCUUACAACUUUCUUCCCCGUUCUUCAUCUUCUCCCAAUUGCAUUGGCUUAGCAACUCCAAUUCUCUUCUCCUCAGACUUCAAACCUCUCCAAGUUCCCUCCCCUUCCCAGAGAUUCAGAGUUGCAGCUAAAUCGAACUCGGGAACGGAGCCGUCUCCCCCCACAAACACAAGCUUUCUCGCUUUUCUAUGUCCUCUGCUCAAGCUUUUCUCUGGAGGAGAUCCUUCUAAACAACGCAAUUUCACUUUCGAGGUGGCAACAUCUUCCUUGGCUACCCUCUCAAGAUUUCCAUGGGGAACAAAAUCCAAACGUCACACUUCACUCAACACUCCCGUCACCUCAAAUCUUCCUGUUAAUCUGCAGCUUUUUGAAUUUGAGGCAUGCCCCUUUUGUAGAAGGGUACGGGAGGCCUUGACUGAACUAGAUCUUUCUGUGGAGGUUUAUCCUUGUCCUAAGGGUUCUGUAAGACACAGAGAGGUGGUAAGAAGAACUGGUGGCAAAGAGCAGUUUCCUUUCCUCAUUGAUCAAAAUUGUGGUGUUUCUAUGUAUGAAAGUGGUGAUAUCGUGAAAUACUUGUUUGAGCGAUAUGGAGAAGGUAGAAGUCCAUCAUUGGGUUUACUGGAGAGCACUAUUUUUACUGGAUGGAUGCCAACAAUACUUCGAGCAGGUAGGGGAAUGACCCUUUGGGAACGUUCCAGGCUUGACAUUCCUCCAGGGAAGUUGGAGCUCUUCUCAUACGAAAAUAAUCCAUAUGCACGAAUUGUUCGUGAGGCAUUGUGUGAAUUGGAACUUCCUUACACUCUACAAAAUGUUGGAGAAGGAUCUCGCCGGAUUAAGUUACUUUUGGAUGCUUCCGGAUCUAAAGAGGUUCCUUACAUGAUUGAUCACAAUACUGGAUUUCAAUCUGGGGACUAUAAGAUGAUCCUAUCUUAUUUGUUUGAAACCUAUUCCACAGCUAUUGUAUGAUUUCCACUCUCUGUAGCCGAAGAAUUUUCGUGCUUUGGAUUGGAAUCACUAUUCACCAACAAGCCUGUACAGAGGUCCAGGGUAUAGGCUAGAGAGGAUUGUAUAAAGUAGAAUAGGACUAAUUAAGUAAAUAUGUGUACAAAAUGGAUAAGUCGACUGAAUCUCUUGAGUCUUGAUUUUAUUUAGAAUAAAAAGUGAUAUGGAGUAGCUUUUUCCAUUAAGGAGUAGAGGAUGUAUCCUGGUCAUUUUUAGAGUUAGUUGAACAUAAUAGGUUUGAUUUCGGAUUUGUGCUACCCUAUUGGUUAGUAUCAAAAUGUCAUAUGCCUUUUGUUUUAAUCUUCACCAUUCAUGAAAAA